AACAUACAGUGUAGAUAAAACGCUUCUUUACUCAAUGCAAGUGAAAUAAGGUCUGAGGUACCAUUACGGAUUGCAAUCAUAUCGCUUUGAAAGUAAAGUAGCGAUGCAUGAUACACAUAGCUGGCUUAUUGGGUAAAGCGAAAAAAUAAGAAGACAACACGGUAGCCAAGGUGGGAAUCAUAAGUUGAUCUCUGAUACAAGGUGUGGCUUAUUUUAUGUUAGUGAAAAGAUUUCGAUAAGAUUCGAAACACCUGUUUUCCGUAAAGUGCCCAGUUACCGAAAGGGUUGUUCCCCAAAAUGAUAGCAAUUGUAAUAUCAAUUAAUAUGGUCAGUCAUUGGAGGAAAGGAAAUACUGAUAAUCUUUACCCAUUUUGCUGCCGUGUUUGAAAAUAAAUACUACACCGUACAACUUACGAUGGAAGAGCGAAGAGUAGCAGACUACUUUGUUGUGGCCGGGAUGCCCGACCAACCAAAAUUACUCAAAGAAAACAUUUUCAAUGACGCGUCGCAUUUGCGAAUGGCUAACGCAAUUGACCCGAUUACGGACAUUGGUGUGUAUUUUCCUUCUCUGGGCGAACAAAUCCCUGCUGACUAUGAGGUUCUCGAAAACACACCGUCCGGAUUGCUGGCAGAUUUAAACUAUGGUUCCGUUCGCACAAUAGCAUGUUUCAUUUACUAUCGACGGGGAAAAGAUAAACCCCCCCUUGUUGACAUCGGAGUAAUGUACGAAGGAGCCGAACGUAUUAUGGCAGAUGCAGAAAUAGUACUCAGUACGCCGGGUGAUCGUCUGGCAAACGUAAACAACUCAUCUGCUAAAACUUUCCUAACAUUCCGACGGGCGCCUACGGACAUGGCAUGUAAUGAGCUUGUCGUUACUGAUCUGUGUGUUGUGAUACCAUCGAAAGGAGAAAAACCGCCACAUGCCUUCUGUAUGAUCCACAAAACGCUUAACAAGGGGCUCAUGGGUAGCGAUGUGUAUCUGUGCUACAAAAAAUCUAUGAACCGUCCUAAGCUGAUUAGUUACGAGCCGGAGAUUCUGCAUCGAUACCCUACAGUUGAUCACAGCGAAUUUCCCCUUACACUUUGUCCAAGUGUUCCAUUGUUUUGCUUGCCAAUGGGCACCACCUUGGAAAUAUGGCCCCAUGUGCCUGGAGGCGAUGGAAAGAUGAAGCGGAAACCGAUCCAACCGAUCUUCAGUACAUUCGUUUUAACUGUGAAUGAUGGAACAUACAAGGUGUACGGAUCAGCCUUAACUUUCUAUGAAGAUUUUGAUGAAAACAAUUUAAACGACCAGCAGCGAGAAUUACUUGAAUGGACUGUGGACUCUCACAAAACACACUCAUUACAUGUUAAUAAAUCUAUUUGCCUCCUAUCCCGAUGGCCAUUUGGUGAUACCUUCGAAAAAUGGUUACAAUUUUUACACCGUUUGUCGAUUUGCAACGAGAAAUUGCCAGUUCCAAUAGAAAGGUACAUUACGCACUUGCUUGAUGAGGUGCCAUUCCCAUCACCGAGUAUUCUCUUACAACUCUCAACUCUAAGUAACACUAGAAUACUGUUAACACUUCCUGAAGAUUCUCCACUACCUAGAAGUGGGGCAGGUUUUCGGCAACUACUGUCUAAUUUGGGACCAGAAAAUUGUCUACACGUGUUGCUGCUUGUCCUAACUGAGCAAAAGUUACUUAUUCAUUCCCUUCGCCCAGCAAUUCUCACUGCAGUAGCAGAAGCGGUCUCUUCGUUCUUGUUUCCAUUUAAGUGGCAAUGUCCAUACAUCCCACUGUGUCCGCUCGGCCUAGCAGAGGUGCUGCAUGCUCCAUUGCCGUACUUGAUAGGAGUUGAUUCUCGAUUUUUCGAUCUAUAUGAGCCUCCUAGCGACGUGACAUGCGUUGAUCUCGAUACGAACAACAUCAGUUUGUGUGAUUCGCAGAAACAUCUUACUACGAAGCUGCUUCCAAAGCGCGCUGCACGUAUACUACGACAAAGUCUACGAAACUUGGAGGAAUUGAGCCAAAACCAAGGCUCUGAGUCCAACAACAGCCUUGAUAGGGAUUUAAAGAAACGCAAGCGUGAGCAAAAUCUCGAGCAGCGAAUCCAGGAAGCAUUGCUCCAGUUUAUGGCGUCCAUUCUUAAAGGUUAUCGAGAUUACCUUGUGCCGAUCUCUAAAGCACCCACGAUCGGAGCAACCGAUCCCAAUGCUCUGUUUCGCAUGGAAGCUUUUUUGAGGUCUCGUGAUAAGGCGCAUCAUAAGUUCUUCCAUCUUUUGAUGAAGACACAAAUGUUCAUUCGGUUCAUCGAGGAAAGAUCAUUUGUGUCCGAUGGUGAUCAUAAUCUGGCAUUUUUCGAUGAGUGUGCGGAGAAAGUAAGCGCAUACGAAGACACCCCAACGGAAAUAAAGCUUAUUGAAUGGGAUGCUGGCCAGAAUGGUAGUGAACGGACCAAAUUCAUUCUGCCUCCUGAAUGCCAACCGGGGCUCCCAGACCAAACUUACAGCUAUAAUUCGUUCAUGCUUAAUUCACUUCUGUUGAAACAAUCAAGACGCAACGUGCAUGAUAAUACCGUGCCCCAUUACAGUAGCCUCGCACCUGGAUCGCCCAUGGCACGCCGAACAAAACAUGAAAUAAAAACGGCGCAAAAGCUCGCUCGUAAACACCAAGCCAAUCCAGAACAUUGGGCGAAACAUUUGCUGGCUACUUGUUAUUCAAUGUACUUCAUUGUGCUGCCUAGUCUCAUAUCAGAGAACUCUGGUCGUGAACAAACCGUCCUAAAAACGGCAUAUGAUUUGCUCAGUAAGGCUUGUAAGUUAAAAGUGCAGUGCGAUGAAGUUUGUUAUCGCAUAAUGAUGCAGCUAUGUGGCAUGCACAACCUUCCGGUUCUCGCCGUUCGGUUACACUACCUGAUGAAACGGUCCGGCAUUCAACCAAAUGCACUUACGUAUGGCGUCUACAAUCGAUGCGUACUGGAAGCACAAUGGCCAUCAGAUUCGAUUCUUUCCUCGCAGAUUCGUUGGAGCCGGUUGCGCAACAUUGUUAUCGGCGCAGCCCAUUUUAAGCGGGCUGGGAAGAAGUUUGCUGAUCGGCGUAGACGGUCAAUAUCGCAGGAAAAUAAUUUAGUUGCUGCUGCUGCAGCAGGAGGCGAUACGUUGGAAUCGGUUGAUGGAACUUCUCGAACAAGCCUAGACUCUGGUUAUUCUCAGGCAGAACAUCAACAUACGAAUAUGACAUUGGACUUUUCAGCAUUUGACAAGCUUAGAGGGCGACUGGGAGCAAUCGUUCGGCAAACCACCUCAAGUACACAUCAUCAAAAGACCGCGGAUGUGUUGUCUAGUGCUGGACUUUUGAUAAGUGGGGAAGGAACACAUCAUCACAAGAUGCAACAUAUAGAAGGAAAGAGCGGUUAUGUAGCUGUUUCGCCUGCAAAAUCAUCGAAUUCAUGUGACCUGAGUCCUCGUACGUUAGCCAGGACCGAUAGUUUUGCAGGGGAUACGAAAUUUAUCGACAAGCUUCAAAGGCAAAAUGCUACAAAUGAAGAAAUGAAAGCUAAAAGAUCACUUGACUUUCAAUCAGUUGGUAAUGGAAGUUCGCAGGAGGAAUUCGACAUCAAAGUAACCAAUGUGAAGGGAAGCCCGACAAAAAUUUCGCCACGUACGAUUGUUACACAGGACGAUCCAUUAGGUGCGUUAAAUCAUGCACCGAACGAUACAAUUGAAGUAUCACAGGGAAGAUGUGAAACUACACAGGAAGGACAAUCGGCAAUUACAUUAAGUGGCAAAAGCACUAUCUACACAGAUCAACCUAUACUGUUUAAAGGCCAGCGCUCGGCAACUUUCGAUGAUUCAACUCAGUUGAAUAAAAGCCUUCAGCGAUCAGAGACUAUGCCGAUGACGAAUGCAGUUACGUCCGGGUUCGCGAGCUUGGGUUCGUCUUUGAAGUUUAAUUUUGGCCGUUAUUCACCUGCACGUAUGUCUAUGAAAAAAGAUUUGAAAUCGUUAUCCACAAAUAUGUUAGAGAAUAUUUCCAGUUUAAGUCCUGGUCUGACCGGAAAGAAGUCAAAUGAAAUUCUGCAGGGUGGUUUAAGCAGCAUAAAGAAUGCGGCCAGCUCUAUGGCGAAAAAGUUGGAUGAGAUAAAGGAAGCAAUUUCUGCUAACUCGACCCCUGUAAAGACCGGAUUGAACGAUACGUUAGAACGGGAUGGCCAUGGUUCGGAGAACGAUUUACUGCAACACGACGAUGCUGCUAUACUAGCAACCAACGGAAAUCGUUCCAGACGUGUUUCCAGCGACUUCGAUUUGUGGGGCCGCUUUAGUGAAUCCCGGAAGUCAAGUUACAAUAAUCUGGUUCCGCUUGGGGAAAACACUACAUCAAACAUUAGUUUGAAUGGAUAUCCAACGCUGCCUGACAAUAUUUAUCCUAUGGUAGAAGAGGUUCUGGAAACUAACGUAGCAGAUUAUGUGAUUCAAAUGACCUCAUGUUCACAGUGUCACAAUUGCUCAGUGUUGCUGUACGAUGAAGACAUCAUGGCAGGUUGGUCCGCAGAAGAUUCGAACUUAAAUACCAGCUGCCAGGCAUGUGGUAAGGUGACAGUACCAUUUUUGACGGUUCAAAUAAUUUUACGUAAAGAGGAGCUGCACCACCAAUCCGAACCGUCACCUCUUCAUGCAUCUGCUGCCUGCCCGGCUCCGCAUCCACAGCAUGAUGUUAUAAGUGUGCCAUACUUGAAUCCCCUGGUACUGCGAAAAGAGUUGGAAAAUAUUCUUAGUGAAGAAGGUGAUCUAGCUCUUACCAGGAGUAGCUUCGAAGAAGAGCAUCCUAUAAUUUACUGGAAUUUAGUAUGGUUCAUGGAGCGAAUAGAUGCCAGUACACAUCUUCCAAACUUAAUAUUGCCGAAACAGGAAAAUGACAAGGUUGAUCCGCUAAGUAUGGUUAAAACCGUAGCUGUUCAAUGCUUGUGGGACAACCCUCGACUGCAUGCGGAGGCCGGUCCAGCGAUGUACAUGCUCUGGCGACAGAAUCAGCCAGAUAGCACACUGCUCAAAGCAUUGCUUACAGAUCAAACAUCUAUUAAUCGAACUAUUAUGCAGCAAGUGAUUGCCUCAAUUCGCUGCAACGAUUUGCUAACCCCGGUCAAACGGUUAGCUAACGAGAGGCAAAAACUUAAGCAUCGGGGUGUCGACCGAACACACUCGAUAUAUCGCGACAUGUUGUUCCUAGCCUUCAUUGAAAUCGGCCGCUCCGAAAUCGAUCUUAUUUCAUUUCACCGUGAGUACGCUGCAGUUUUCGACAAGCUGACCGAAAAGGAAUGCAACACGUAUUAUCGUAGUCAAGACUUACCGCCAUCGUCCAUGGCCAUCUUUUGUCGAGCUUACUUCAAACCGCUUCUUUUACCGUGACCAUGACUACACUGUCAUAAUCGAGGUGAUGUACAUUCGGUUGUUAAAUUACAAUAAAAGGACUGUGUUUAGAAGCAGAGACUAGCGGAUAUGGAAGACAGAAAUGAAUGAAUGCUAGAAACAUUAUAAACGUCAUAUAAUCCCAGCUUCGAUGUAAAGCUUUAUUUGUUCUCAUCGUUCUUGAGAGCGUUUUUCAGUGCGAUUAAUUAUAUUUUGCUAAGGAUUUUAAUUAGGAUUUUAAUUUGGAUUAUCGCUGUAUUUAGCAAUUUCGUUUGAUUUACAGAUUCCUUAACAUAUCACGCAUUUUUUUAGGAAAUGUUGGGUGGCAGAGCUAGGAUGUAAUGGAACAAUCGGUUCAAGUUCAAAACGAGGAGUUGUAGUUUGAGGAUAAAAAAGCGAGCAUAUAUGUACAUACCUUAAAUUCCUUGGAACGUGCCUUCUUUUGAAUUUGUGAAUUGAGAAAACGUAGAGUCCUUACAUUUAUUUGGAA